GAGAAGAUCGGACAAAUGACGAUGGCGCUAUCAUCCAUCAGUCAGCCGAACUAUCCUCCAGAAGAGGUUGACGCAUUAAAAAUGCUGUCUAUAAACCAACACAAACUUGGACAUGCUGUUGAAGAAGCAUUAGAAGUCGAAGAAAAAACUACGGUUAAAAAGGGUACACUUAUGAGCAAUUUCGACACAGGCAACCAGGUCCAGUUGGUCUCAAAAUCCAGUGGGCGAGCCCUGAGGAUAGUCCAGGCUCGGUCUGGUCAACUUAAAGUAGACAGCAGGGGCGACUUGGGCGAACACGAAUGGAAUGCUCUGUGGACAGUUAUUAAUGAAGGUCACAACCAGGUUCGCCUUCACAAUAACUUUAAUUUCCUGGCUAUAGUUAAUGGCGAAACUACUAUAAUACACGUGCCACAGGGAUCUGAACAUGAUAAACCUGAAACCAAGCUCCAAGUCAUUAUACACCCGGAAAGUUUUGUGACCUUGGAGUCGCUAAGGGAACCAGAAAAGUGUGUUGGGAUACUGGACAGUGGCUCUCUCAAGUCAGCAGAGAACUGUACAUGUCACGAUGAUCAUUCCAUGUUUGGAGUACAUUUAAUAAAAAAAGCAUGAUCACUGAAGAAAAUAGGAUUAUUUUGAGUUUCCUUGUGAAGAGGACUGUCCCCAUCGAUUGUAAGCUAUGGAUGUUCUCUGUGUAGUAGCUCAUGUAAAGCAAAGGUUCAAUUGAUUUGUGCUAUUUUGAAAAAAAAAUCUUUUGGAACGACACAGCUACAGUCAGUUAAAUUAAUAUGAAAAUGUCCCCAAUGUCAUAUAGUAUAGAUUCAGAUUUGUUCAAUUCAUGGCUGUAUGAACUAGGAUGGGGGAAACAUGCUAGAUAGUUAGUUGUUAUUGUCCAUAGUUUUACCAAAUGUUAAAUUUUUUCCCAUCAAUAUCUUUACAAUAAAAUUUUCCUUUACAGCAAUAAGCCACUUCCGAAGCAUCUAUUCAAAGUUCUUUUUAACGAGUUAAAUGUAUAUGUAAAGAUCAAUAUCGUAUAAUAAACAUAAUUUUAUAUUGUAACAGAUGAUAUUAAAAACCUAGGAACAAUACUUAAUAAAUCAACACUAUUUUUCAUGCAUGUAUUGCAAUCCAAUAGUUGAUAAAUUUGUCAUAUACAUGUAUGCAUAAAAAUUGUCUAUUUAUGACAGAAUUGACACCGUUUCUAAAUAUAAAGUGACUAUACACCUGGUGCAAAUUUUCUUAGAUUUAAAAACAAUUGGAGAACACCCUUGAUAUUUAUUAUCCAUUGAUGAAAAAGACGCCUUUUGGAAAUUGGAAGAUAUAAAAACAACCUUUCAAUUUUUCAAUACUUAAUUACUUAAUCAAUUUUCCACAUAAAAAAAGAAAUAUUCUUAAUCAGUCUGACAUCUUGCUUCAUUUUUUUUUUCAAAAAGAUGUUAAAGGAAGAGUAAGAAAAUAUCUGUAGUUAAAUAUUUUACGUCCCAGAAUUUGCUUAAAGAGCUAUUAAGGAAGAAAAUGGAUAACUUAUCAAACUGCUGCUAUUUUUCCUCGCUAUAAGUUUAUAGAGAACUAUU